AUGCCGCCAAAGGGCAAGGACCAGCCGAAGGCUAACAAGGUGGCCGUCGACAAGUCGUUUGGCAUGAAAAAUAAGAAGGGUGGAGCCGCACAAAAGCAGAUCAAAUAUCUCCAGCAGGCAGCCGCAGGCGCCAAAUCCCCCGCCGAGAAAAAGAAGGAAGCCGAAAAGCUACAACGCGAGAAGGAGAAGAAGGCUGCCGAGGAUGCCGCAAAGGAAGCUGCUGAGCUCUUCAAGCCUGUACAAACCCAGAAGGUUCCCUUCGGUGUCGAUCCGAAGACUGUGCUCUGCCAAUUCUACAAGAAAGGUCACUGCGACAAGGGACGCAAAUGCAAGUUCUCGCACGAUCUGGCGGUGGAGCGUAAAACAGAGAAGAGGAGUCUGUAUACGGACAAUAGAGAGAUUGAGAAGGAGGAGAAGGAGAAAGAUAAGAUGGACGAUUGGGACGAGGAAAAGCUGAGGAAUGUGGUGAUGAGCAAGCAUGGUAAUCCCAAGACGACGACGGAUAAAGUGUGCAAGUAUUUCAUUGACGCUGUGGAGAACCAAAAGUACGGCUGGUUCUGGAUAUGUCCGAACGGAGGCGACAAGUGCAUGUACAAGCACUCGCUGCCACCUGGUUUCGUACUCAAAACCAAAGAACAGCGCGCUGCCGAAAAGGCACUUAUGGAAAAUUCGCCCUUGGCCACGCUUACGCUUGAAGACUUCUUGGAAUCGGAACGUCAUAAACUCUCUGGAACACUCACGCCCGUCACGGAAGAGACCUUUGCUAAGUGGAAGAAGGAGCGCAUGGACAAGAAGGCUGCGGAAGAGCAAGCCAAGAAGAUGAGAGAAGCCACGGGUAGGGCCAUGUUUGAGAAGGGAGACUGGCAGGUCAGCGGCGACGAGGACGAAUCUGAAGGAGAAGACGAUGGCGCUUGGAACCUCGAAGCACUGCGAAGAGAGACGGAAGCAGCGCGUGCGAAGAAGGAAGAGGAUCGCAUGGCUACUGAAAUGGGCUAUGAGGUUUCUUGA